AUGGAAAGUUUUGGGUACGGAUCAAGUCAAGCAUUUCGGUCAACUGAUAUCCAGAACGAUUUAUCAAGGCAAUUGGAUGCAUUACGGCAACGGUCUCCAGAAAAUUUUUCAACACCAGUUUAUGUGCUAAUUACUGCUAAUGAUACUGUCAGUGGUCAAAUUGAAGAAAGGUUUCGAGAGGCCGAGAAAUGUUACAGUGGUAAACGUAUUAUACUUAUUCCUUAUCUAUUGGGAAAUCAUCAUUGGACUGGAAUUUUAAUCGAAUGGAACUCGAUGGGACAGAUUGAACGAUCUCAAUUUAUUGAUCCUGUCACAGGUUCUGACUGUAUUCCAGACGAAUUACAGAAAAACUUCAUUGAAAUCUUUGCAAAAAAUAUUUUACGUUCUAAAACUAUGUUAAAACACGAAGAUCGAACCAAAAGCGCAACGCUAACCAUAGCUAACUUAUUAAAUGCAGUGCAAAAUUCAGAUUUGCAUCAAUCAUCAAGCCAGCAGAAUUUCAGUUCAUUUUCGACUGACGAAGGAUUAUCAGCUUGGCAUAAAGAUCAAAACUGUCCUACAACAUCAUGUGAAGGUAAUCAAAUGAAUUUAGGUGAACUCGAAAAAAGACUCAGUAGUGGCUUAGCAAAAUUCAAAAUAUCUGAUAUAAACAUAUUGUCUGACAGAAUUCGACGAUCAAAAGAUCGAAUUGAAGAAUAUCGAGCAACAGAAAGAAUAGAAGAUGCAGAAAAGGAGAUGAACUAUUUGAGAGAAUAUGAAAUGUUAGCAGAACUUGCUGAGAAAAUCAAUCGAGCAAAAUUGAAUGUUUCUGAUUUAGAUACAGCAAAUUUAGAAAAACAAUUAGCUGAUAAUCUAGCCAAAAUGCAAAUUUCAGAUGUACAAGUAUUGUCUGAGAGAAUAGCACGAUCCGAAAAACGAAUCGAAGAAUAUCGAGAAGAAGGUAGAUCAGAUGACGUUGAAAAAGAACAAAAACUUUUAAAUGAGUGUAAAAGAUUACAAAAACUUGCUGAAGAUAUACGUAUUCGAAAAUCGACAGAUAGCGAUAGUGAAAAAAGUAAAUUAUUCAAGCUCAAUCAGCUAGAACAAAGAUUGGCUACUGGUUUAGCGAAUAUGAAAAUUAUGGAUCUUACAAAAUUAUCAGAUAAAAUUAUUAAAUCUGAAGAACGAAUAAAAGAGUAUGAGGAUGAAGGUAGAAUUGAUGAUUUGGAAAGAGAACAGAAAUAUUUGAACGAGUAUAAAAUGUUGCAAAAACUUGCUGAAGAAAUUCGUUCUUUAAAACUCGACGUUACUGAACCAGAACUAGAUGAAUUAGAGCAGAGAUUGAGAAGCGGUUUAACUAAAUUCAAGAUUUCAAAUGUAAAAGAUUUACCCGAAAAAAUUCGACGAUAUGAGCAACGAAUAAAAGAAUAUCAAGAUGAAGGUCGUGCAGACGAAGUAGAUAAUGAAAUGAUUUAUUUGAAUGAAUUGAAUAAACUUCAAAAGCUAGCAGAUAAUCUAUCUACUCAUAAAAUAAAGACAACCAGUCAUCCAGAUGAUCCUGAAUCCAAGCUUCGCAUAUUAGAAGUGAAACUAGCCAAUAGUUUACUAAAAUUAAGAAUACCGAAUGUAUCAAUUUUAUCAGAAAAAAUUCAACGAUCAGAGAAACGAAUUAGUGAAUAUCAGGAAGAAGGUCGAGUCGAUGAAGCUGAAAAAGAACAACAAUAUUUAAGAGAUUUAAAAGCAUUAAGUAAACUGGCUGAUGAAAUAAAGAGUCUUAAAGAGAGUACGGAGAAACCACUUGCAGUUGUUGCAUCGAAACCGAUUAAUAUUGUUCCAGAAGUUGUGAACAGUUCUCCGAGUACGAAAUAUGAUUCUGAGAAAAAGAAAUUAGAUGAUCUUGAUAUUCUUCAUCGAGAUUGGACUGUUAUGCAAUCAUGUGUAGAAAAAACUGUCAUGCAACUUUUGGAACAUUUUCAACGGAUGAAUUUAAACGGAAAUGAGAUUCCAUACGAUCAAAUCUUCAUCAACGAGACGUUAAACCAAUUACAAAAGCAAAUUCAGAAACAAGAAUUAUUUUCCGAGAAAAUUCAAGGAAAUUUGCAAGAUUUAGAACGCUAUGUGUCUAUUCGUAAUACUCCAUUGACAGUACGUUGUUUAGUCGAACUUUUAAUGAAAAUUCGACCAUUAGAUGUUCAAGAAAUUGAGCGACUUGUUAAAAAAGCCAAAGAUGCUGCUAAACUUAUUGCUGGUAAAGAAAUAAUACUUUUGAUCGGUGAAACUGGAACAGGAAAAUCAACUACAAUACAGUUUCUGACCGGUUCAAAAAUGAAACAGAUGAAAGUAGAAGUUGAGUCUGGAAAAUUCUUGGAACAUAUUACCGUAGAUGGGCCUAUUAGGAAUCCUGAUUUGAUGGGUGUAACAAAUAGUGCUUUCAGUAAAUCAGAAACUCGAUAUAUCGCACCUGUAACAAUUCCAUUAAGAGAUGUUUUUGGUCCCUAUGAAUUCGGAGAAAUCAUCGUAUGUGAUGCACCAGGGUUUGGCGAUACUGCAGGUCCAGAAGUCGAUAUUGCUAAUGGAGUAGGCGUCAUCGAAGCUUUGCAAGGAUGUAAAAGUGUCAAAAUUCUUGCGCUUUCAAGUUAUAAAAGCUUAGGUGAUAGAGGGCAAGGUAUUCAGAAACUUGCUCAUCUCUUAAUUAAUAUGGUACAUGGAAUUCAAGAGAAACUUAGCGCCAUUUUUUACGCUUUCACUAAAUAUCCACCAAAUAUUGACAUAUCUGCUUUGUUAAUUGAUAUUAAAAUUUCUAAAGUCGACACAGAUCCUCUGUUACGAUCGGACAGUGCGUUUGUAACAGUAUUGACAGAUAUGAUCAAUAAAACUAAAGAUGGUGCUGAAAAUAUCAAUCCACUCAGUGGAGAUCCAAAGACUCUUAUUGAAAAAUUGAGGUAUCUACGUGGUAUUAUGUAUCCUGCAGAAGUAUUUCGAUUUUCGAUUAGUGAAGAAACUCAAGCUUGUGUCGCAAAUCAAGCACAACGAGAUAGUUCUAGUGUUAAAUGUGCAUUAAAACACAAAGAUAUUGAUCUUGUUUCACACUAUUUAGAUAAAUUAAAAACAUUAAAAGAUUUACUUGAAGUUAGUACAGCUCGAGAUGCAUAUGAGGAUGCAAUACGUUCAGCAAAAGAAAAUCUGACAGCCUUUUGUACAGAAAUAACAAAAAAAUUUAAUCGUUCAUUAGCUAGUCAAGAUGGAUUAAGAGAAGAAGAUAUUGAUGAAUAUAGAAACUCGAUUCAAUAUAUUCAAGAUAGUCAAAAAUUAAUCACACAUUUAGAAGAAGAUCUAUUGUCACCUGAAUCAUUGAUACAAAAUAUCAAUAGUGAACUUCAAAGCAGAAGUAAAAUUUUGAUAGAGCAAGAGUUACAUAGUGCUUUGAUAAGGGUAUAUUUUAAUAAUCUUCUUCUAUUGAAAAAUUCUUUCGUACAAAUUGAAUCGCUGUAUAGUGAAAUUUGUCAAAAUUUUCGAGAACGUUUUGAAAAAUUAAUCGAACCAGCUAAUGAACUAAUUAGUACGAAUGAAUUUGAUAAAAUUGCGGAUUUAAUUUUGCAAAUAUCAAAAUGUGUACCAAUUUUGAAUAAACAUUUACAAGGACUAAUCGAAGAAAAAUAUCAAUAUGUAGUUCAAUCACUCUUACAAUAUUUAUCGAAUUUCGUAGAAAAAGCUGGUACAUACUUGAUCAAACCGAGAUUAAAUGAAAAUGAAAUCGAUAUUGUUAAAAAUUCAGUUAAAAUACUAGGAACAGCAAAAGAAAAUGCUGCAUUGCAAGAUCGUAUUUCUACCUAUAUUGAUAUGUUAAGAAAGAAAAACGAGAGAUCAGUCGAAAAUAUCAAAAAUGUUAGUGAGAUUUAUAAUUUAUUGAUUGAAAAAAUCGUGAACUAUUUCAAUCAGAUCAAUAAUUGUAUUAGUAAAUUGUUUGAAGUUCAUGGAGAUCGUGCACUUGAAGAUACAGAAUCAUUAAUUAAUGAUAUGGAUGCUAUUCGAACUAUUCCUGAAAUCGAUUCGAAAACAGCAGGAACCUAUUAUCGUACAGUUGACUUUAUACGUGGACAUAUGAAUCAAGUUCAACGAGAAGUUCAAGAUUUAUUAAUAUCGAUAGAAUCUCAAUCAGAAACCCCUAAUUAUACAAAGAUUGCACGAUUAUUAUCACGUAUAAAAAAUGCAAAAUGGAUGAAUCGUGUUAGCCCAGGAGCAUAUGAUGUUUCGAUCACACGUAUUACAGAUGAAUUAACUCAAUAUUUCCAUCAAUUAGAAGAACGAUUAAUGAAAUUAGAUUUAAGUAUGAAACAUCCAGAAAAUAUUUCUAUAGCACAAGAAAUAUUUGAUAAGCUUGACUCAUUAAGUGUUCUUGAACGUAGUGUACCAGAAUUAAAAAGUUCUAAAGAUGAAAUGAUUCAACGUUUUCUGAAAAGUAUACAGAGUAAUUUUGAUCGUAUGCAAACAAAAUUUCAAUUACAAGAUAUUAAUGUUUAUCAGAUGAAACAGGAAUUAAUCCAACUCGAACAAAUGAAACGAGACUACGAAGAUUUACAUCCAGCAAAUGUUUUUUUACGACAAAAUGAUUUUUCUGAUAUCAAUAAGUUAAAUCAUGAAAUGCAAGACCUUGAAAAUAAACGAGAUAUAGAACUUGCGCAUCAGAAUGAGAAAAAAUCACAAGUUGAAUUAGAAUUAAAUAGUUUGAAAUCGAGCAUAAGUUCAGAAAUAGAUCAGAAAAUAGAUGAGGAAAAGAUCGUUGAAAUUGAACAACGUCUCGCUAUUCAAUCAGAAAUUAUUCAAGAUUUACAAAGCAAACAUAAAAAUGCUCUAGCUCCAUUUCAAUCAAUUAAAGAUCGAUAUGAAUCUUUAAUAGCGACACAUAAUUCGAUUACAAAUGAACAAAUGAAAUAUUUUCAAGAUAAAACAUACGAUAGUAUUGAAUCAUUGAAUGACAAAAUCAAUCAAAAGAAAAAAACUAUCAAUGAAUGUCAAAAAAAUAAACCAACAUAUAAUUUUGAUAAUGAAGUUGAUGCAGCAACUGCCGAUAUUGCAUUAUUAUAUACAAGUAAUUGUGAAAAAAUCGCAAAUAUUCGUUUUAAAGAAAUGGCAGCUGAUAUUCAUGCAAUCUUAGUGAAAUACAUAACUGAAUAUGGAAUAUUUCUUAAUCGAGAAAUCGAUCAAUCAUUUAAACAUAUUACUACAAUUCAUUCACAAGAAGAUCUUUCACAAUAUUCAGAAGAUUUAGAAACACGUCUAGAACAACUAACUUCGUUAAGUGAAUAUAAACAUGUUUUUGAAUAUAUUGAUGGAAGUAGAAAAGUUGAAUUUUGGCGUCGAAAAUUUCACGAACAGUAUCGAACGAUUUUGGGUCAAAUAGAAAAUCAUAAAGUGUCCGGUAGAUAUAAUGAAUUACAUGAAAAAUUAAAUAUUGUACAAGGGUUGAUAAGAGUAGAUCAUUUUUGUGGUGGUGGAUUUUUAACAGUAGGAUUUGGAGCUCUAUAUAAUGAUUAUCAAAUAGAGUCGACCAAAAAAUCUAAAGAAACCUAUCAUGUUGUUCUAGAAAGCAUUAUGCGAGAAGAUUAUGCAGCUACUGAAAGUGCUAUGAUCGAUAUUGAUAAGAAAACAGCAAGUCCGAGAGACAUAGCUCAGAUUGAACAGAAAUUACAAUUUACUUUGAAUAGUUUGAUGAAAAAAACUGAAAAACUUGCUCAUAGUCUUGAUCUUAAUAAUGAUUUUAAGACAAUAACUGAAAGUCAAAUUCAAGCAAUCAAUGCCAAUACGGAUAAGAUUCGUACUGCUUCAGUGAAGCCAAAGAUAAUGACAAUGAUUGAUGAAAAAAUGAAACUAGAUCUGACAGAAUUUGAAAAAAAAAUAACUGCAUGUUUAUCAAAAGUACUGUUCCAGGCAAUAAGUACGAUUGAAAAUUUUAUGGAAACAAAUGAUGUUUUGGAAGCCGAAUUAAAUACGGAAAAACUUCUUCUUCUACGACGUGAAUUAGACAGUCAUUUUAAUAUAGAAUCUGUUAGUGUAAAAAUAAAUGAGAUUAAACAAAGAUUAGAUAGUUUAGAUGCUCAUCUAUUAAAAAAAUGUGAUUUAAAAAACAUUCAGCAAUAUCCUGUUCAUUCUCCUAAAGAUCUUGUAGUUAAGUAA